AUGGCUCCUCUACGAUCAUCCGCCAUUGUGGCGACUGCUUUGUCAUUACUGGCAUGCUUUCAGUCCUCCAUUGCAGGACCAGUUGUCCGUCGCUCUGACCUCGCUGUCAAAGACUACCAUCCUGCUCCAAGAGCAUGGGCAAACCUAGGCCGUGCCCCGGAAGAUCAUUUGAUCCAUCUCACAAUCGGCCUCACGCAAAGUCGCUUUGCUGAGCUUGAGCGCCAUUUGUACGAAGUGUCUGACCCGUCGCAUUCUCGUUACGGACAACAUCUGUCGGCCGAGGAAGUCCAUGAGCUGGUCAAGCCAUCCAAAGACGCUUCUGCUGCGGUUCACGCCUGGCUCGAAGACUAUGGAGUUGAGCUUGAUCAACUCAAGUACAGCCCCGCCAAGGAUUUCGUCUCGGUCACUCUCCCAGUGGAAGCCGUAGAAGACUUGCUGGACACAGAGUACUCCGUUUACGAACACGAUGACGGCUCGACUAUGGUCCGCACAGAGGGAUAUUCCCUUCCGCUACAUCUCCAUGAGCAUAUCAGUACAGUUCAGCCAACCAACUCAUGGGCACGGUUGAAUGGACGACGGGAGAGGACGAACGAAAUCGUCAAGCGCAGCUUGACAGCCGAGAAAAGGUCCUCCCACGCUCUGGAAGUCGAGAACUGGGGUCCACCACCAGCACCCCUUCCUCUUCCAAGCAAUGCUACCGUGGAAGCCGCCUGCAAUUUUAGUGCCGUCACUCCAGACUGCUUGCGAACGUUGUACGGUACGCUCGACUACGAAGUCAAGGCUGCCGGUAUCAACAAGAUCGCACAUACGAGUUACUUGGGCGAGAGUUCCAAUCGUUCGGACAUCAGUAUUUUCUUGUCCAAAUAUCGCCCAGAGGCCACAGCUUAUGCCUGGGAAUUCACCGAGGUUUCCGUCGCUGGCGGAAACGUGUAUAAUGGUACGAGCGAUGCUGCCGAUGGCAACGAUAGAGAAGCAAACCUUGAUUCCGAAUACAUCAUCGGAAUCAGCUAUCCAACACCACUCACGACAUACAACGUUGGAGGUGAAAACCCUACCUUUAUGCCAGACAUCAACACCCCCACCAACAGCGACGAGCCAUAUCUUGCCUGGACGAUGUAUAUGGCCGGACUACCCGACGACGAGGUCCCACAAGUCAUUUCCACAUCGUAUGGCGACGAUGAGCAGACCGUCAGUCGAUCAUAUGCCCAAGCAGUGUGCAACCAGUUCGCCCAGUUGGGUGCUCGAGGCGUGACCCUGUUCUUCUCAAGCGGUGACUUUGGCGUUGGGGCAGAUAGUACCUGCUACAGCAACGUCGACAACACGACAUACAUGUUCAUCCCCAGCUUCCCAACAGACUGCCCCUAUGUCACCACUGUUGGCGCCACCCGAAACUAUCCUGAAGUCGCUGCUGAUAGACUGCUGAGCUCCGGCCUUACCUUCGCCAGUGGUGCGGGCUUCAGUAACUACUUCGACAUGCCAGCCUAUCAAGCGUCCACUGUCGAUGCGUAUGUUGCUAGCCUCGACGGUCUCUAUGAUGGCUUCUACAACAAGUCAGGACGUGCAUAUCCCGAUAUUUCGUGCAUCGGACAAACUUUCCCCACGAUCUGGAACGGCAGCACUCUGGGCCUCGUUGGUACAUCUGGUUCCUCGCCUAUCUGUGCUUCAGUCUUUACAUUGUUGAACGAUGCCUUGAUCGCUGAAGGUAAGCCGCCCAUGGGGUUCAUCAACCCAUGGCUGUACAGCAUUGGCCACACAUUGUUCACGGAUGUCACGAAUGGUUCGUCCAAGGGUUGCAACACCACUGGGUUCCCUGCUGCACCCGGCUGGGAUGCCGUCAGUGGUUGGGGCACUCCUUAUCUGCCAGACCUCCUCGAAUUCUUCGGGGUGAAGAAGUAG